AUGGCGGAUCAAGAUGAAACGAACAUCGAAAAACAGGCGCUGCUGGCUGAUGAAUCCGAGGAGAGGUUCGAGAGCAGCGGUGGAGUGACUCCGACGGACAAGUCAACUCGUCCAUUCAAGAAAUGGAUAGACAGCUUUCGAGGGCGGAAACACGAGUCUCCCAUAUACCAAAAGAAGUAUGUAGAGGGCUGGUCAGAUUCAUCUUCUCAUGGCUCGCAAGGUCACCAGUCGAGUGCAUCCGACUCAUCACAGCUCGGAACCGUCAAAACAACCACAGCAAGCAUUGGCAGCCAGAGUUUGAUAAGAUCGAGGACAACUAUUCAAAGCGCAAGAAGCCAGAGCAUACGAUCGGAUGUGCGUUAUUCUGGUGAGAGCUCUCGGCCAACCUCAAGUCAACAUGCCGAUGAGGCUGCGGAAACACGGGCCACCAGACGGCGCCAUAUCCUACAGGAACUUGUUGAAACCGAGUCUGAUUAUGUACUUGGUCUGAAAGCUCUUAUCGGGAUCCUUACGAUAUUUGAAACGAGGCGCGAGAUCUAUGACAACAUCCAGAUGAUCCUUGGAAUCCAUGAACGUUUUUUGACCCAGCUUCAUACAGCAUCUCCCAUGUCAGUACCUCAGGCUCAACAGGCAGGCGCCUCUGAGCUUACAUCCCGGGGAAUUACCAAGCGUAUAGGGACCAUUGACCUGGGUAGCCUAAAGGGUCUCCAACAACGAUCUUUGAGGACUCGAUCACUGAAGGCAUCGGUGAAUCGGCGCCUUAUGGCACUCACCGCUGAACCAACAGAGGGACUAGAGGUUGCCCGUGAACUUGGAACAUUGUCACUUUCAAUCCCGGUGUAUGACCAAUUUUGCAGCAACUAUGAACUAUUGACACAGGACGUUGCUCUUUUACGCCGGUCAAUUGCCAACUGGACAAUAUAUGAUCAGGGAAUCGAGGCACUUUCAAAAUCGGUCGCGUCGACAGAGCGACGCAGACAAGAGGACAACAAAUCAAUGACAUUAAAUGAUAUGUUGAUAAAGCCCAUUCAACGUCUUUGCAAAUACCCCCUUGUGCUACAAGAUCUGCUCAGAUCUACCCCUGUUAGUGAUUGUCCGUCUUCCCAUGACGGAAUCCAGCAAGUUUUGGACAGUAUGCGAGUACUGGUGACACAGAUCAAUUUGGCAGCUGGUAACCCGAUCAACAAAGAUCGCAUCCAUAAGACAGUCGUUCUGCAGAAGAAGGUGGAUAUCUCGAAAUCGGACGCGCUCCAGAGUAUAUAUAAAGACCUAGGCCCGUUGGUCAUGUGCGGCGUGCUCCAUGUCACAUAUCAAACGGCGCAAAUCACCAACGGGGAGUUCAUGGUCUGUGUGCUUUUUCAACGCUACCUUUUCUUCGCCAAGGGAAUUGAUGACCAGCGUCGGUUGGAAGCGGUGGCCUGUGUCUACCUAGACAGUCUCAAGAUUGAUACGCUUCAAAAUGGACAAGAUCGGAACUACGAAUUUGUUCUCAGUGCAUCAUCGGCAGCGGAAGAAAAGCAAUGGAGCACGGAGAUUCUCAAAAUGUCGGCCGCUUUGGCCGAAACGGGCCAGCCCGGGUCGUGGGAGCCAAGAAAACAUUCUUUCUUGGCCCUCCAACUGUUGCCUCUGGACCAUGUUCAAUACACAGUAUCCUCUAUGGCGCGGAGGUCGAUGGAUUCAACGACCAUUUCCCGCAAGUCCCGCGUUCAACAUGUAGUCAUUAAGAAAACGCACUACCCGCGGCACACUGAAGAACCAGUCACACAGGCUGAAGGCGAGAUUGAACGGCCCAAGACACCUGCUGACCGCUCCGCAUUGAUAUUGACUGCUCGCCGGAGUGACCGAGUCCGACUAGAGCGACUGAUCUCAGAUGUCUACACAGGAGAUCUCCUUCCAUCGCCAGGAAUGGUUCUUGGAAGGGGUGAUCUCUUCCUACGUGGUCCGCUCAUGAGAGGGCUCAGCCUUCGCCCGGGGUUCACCAAACGGUCGAACUCUGUCAGCACCUUUCACCCAGGAAGAGCAUCGACCGAUAUGCGCUCUGAUAGAGGCGACGAGGGAGUGGACAAGAGUGUGGUAGACAGCAGCGAGAUAGGGGAGGAUAAGGAAGCCGAGUAUGAGUUGCCUCAAACACCCACCACGCCUCGGCGGUCAAAAACAUUCCUUUUCAAAGGUUCACCCAAAAACCCCUCGUCGUCUGUCUCCUCGCCUCGCAGCGACCCGCGACAGAGCCAGGAUGGAAAUUCCGAGUCAUCUCCGUCUUCCAAGAAGUGGUCAUCUCCAAAGAAUCUGUUUAGUGCCUUGGCACCCAAGAAGCUGAAAAAGACCCGCUCUGAUGCUGAGUGA